AUGAAGGACAAUGCAGUUCAGUAUGUAAUAAAUGGUUUAAAAAAGCUUGCAGCUCAAGAAUCUGAAACGAAGUGGCCAAAGGACUCUUUACUAGUAGAAGCUUUUAAGUAUUAUUUGAACUUUCUUCCAGAAAGUAUUAUGAGUUCUGGAAUUAACAAAUCCAAGACAGACCAAUUAGCAAAAAGAAAGUUUAUUCCUAUCAAAGGAACAAAUAGCAGAUUUUGCCUUGUUAAAAGGUUAAUGAAGUACCUAGCUAUUAGACUAGCUACUAAAGGUAAUGCAUUGUUGUUUCUAUCUAAGUCAAGAAAAGUGAUAUCUGUCUCUGCGAUCUCAGCAGUGGUUAAACAUUUUGCAGAACAUGCUAAUUUAGAAGGUAGGUUUACAGCACACAGCCUGAGAAUCAGGGGAGCCACAGCAGCUAUGAAAGGUGGGUUGUCUAUGGAGCAGAUCCAGACAAUAGGUGGCUGGGUCUCAGAUGCAGCUAGAUUGUAUAUGAGAGCUAUAGAAACUGCUAGUUUGGGUAUAUCAGUAGCUAUGGGUUUUGGUGAAUAA